AUGGGUGGUUGUUUUCACGAGCUCUUGCUGAAACUCGUGCUUGUAUCAAUUAUAGCAGGCACAGUUUCAGUUUUGGGUUCAAGUUUUGGUACUAAUUAUUCCAACAAUAUUCGGUGCAUCCAGAAGGAGAGGCAAGCACUCCUCAAGUUCAAACAGGGCCUUGAAGACGAAGGAGGUUCGCUUUCUUCCUGGGGAAGCACUGAAGAUUGUUGCACAUCUUGGAAAGGAGUCCGAUGCAGUAAUUCAAGAGGUCAUGUUGUCAUGCUUGAUCUGCACCCAGAGGAGACUUGCUCUUACGAAUUCUCUUUUGAACCCCAAACCUACAUCUUAAGUGGUAGGAUGAACACUGCACUGUUGGAGUUGAAAUAUAUGAAUUAUUUAGACUUGAGUUUCCUAUAUUUCAAUAACACCAACUUCCUAGAGUUGAUCACUUCCUUCUCUAAUUUGAGAUAUCUAAAUCUCUCUUAUGGUGGUUUGAGUGGAACAAUACCAAACCAGUUUGGAAAUUUGUCGAAUUUAAUUUCACUUGAUCUCAGGGGAAACACCGACUUGGAGGCCAAAAAUCUCGAUUGGCUCUCCCAUCUUCCAUCUCUGAGACACUUGGCCAUGGACGGGGUGAAUCUGAGCAAGGCUGUGGAUUGGCUGCAAGUGGUUAACAUGCUCCCUUCUCUACAGCAUUUGAGUCUAAGAGAAUGUGGGCUUUCCAUUGUGACUCCUCCUCCAACUCUAUUCAAUAUUAAUUCCUCUGCUUCACUUUCAUUCCUUGAUCUCAGUGAUAACCAAAUCACCUCCAUGAUAUUUCCUUCGUUGUUGAGACAUGCCAACAGCCUUGUUUUUCUUGACCUCUCUUUUAAUGAUUUACGCGGUUCAUUUCCACAUCACACUUUGGAGAAAGCAAUAUCACUUGUUCAUCUCGAUCUUUCUUACAAUCACCUAGAAAGGAUCGUACCAAAAUCCUUGGAGAAUUUUCAGAGUCUGCAGGUACUUAAUUUAUCAUCAAAUAAUCUCAGUGGAGAGGUGCUUAUUGAUUUUGCAAAACUCCCAUCCUUGAAGGAGUUGCGUUUGUCCAACAAUCACUUAAAUGGGAAUCUCCCCUUAAGUGUAGGGAAGCUGUCCAAGCUUGAGGUUUUGGAUGUUUCUUCAAAUUCUUUGGAUGGCACCAUCACCCAAGCCCACUUGUUGAAUUGCUCCCUCCUAAAAGAGUUGGAUUUCUCUUACAAUUCAUUCUCAUUGAACUUCAGUUCAGCUUGGGUUCCCACAUUUCAAUUGGACACUUUGAGAUUGAGCUCCUGCAGAAUAUUGGGAUCAGCAUUUCCUCAAUGGCUCCAAACCCAAAAGAAUUUGUCGUACCUUGAUAUCUCUAAUGCAGGUAUUUCAGACAUCAUUCCCGAAUGGUUUUGGGACAUAUCUUACAAGUUGAGAUAUUUGAAUCUAUCUUACAACCAGAUCAAGGGCACGGUGCCAGACUUGUCCUCAAGGUUUGUUGGUUUCCCUGGUAUAGAUUUGAGUCAUAACAAGUUCAGUGGUCCUCUAUCAGCAUUUCCUUCAAAUAUAACAACACUAAAUCUCUCCAAUAAUUCAUUCCAUGGAUCUGUAUCCUUCUUAUGUACAAUGAGUACUGUAACUUUAAAUUACUUGGACCUUUCCAAUAAUUUGCUGUUUGGAAGCCUUCCCGACUGUUGGACAGCAUUAGACAAGUUGGUUGUGCUUAAUAUGGCAAAUAAUAAUUUGUCUGGGACAAUUCCUAAUUCCAUAGGAUUGGCUCAACGAAUUAAUACAUUGCAUUUAGGCAACAACAGUUUUGUUGGGGAACUACCUUAUUCUUUGGGGGAAUGCAAGAGAUUGGAGGUAAUAGAUGUCGGAGAAAACAGAUUAACUGGAAGCAUACCAGCAUGGGUUGGGGAAACAGAAUACUUGAGGAUUCUUGUCCUACGUUCAAACUUGUUCAGUGGAAGCAUACCUCCGGAGCUAUGUCAUCUAACAUCUCUUCAGGUGUUGGAUCUUUCUCAUAACAAAAUUUCAGGAGCUAUACCACAAUGCCUCAAUAACAUCACCUCCAUGGCUGAACAACAUAGCCCAUUUGAUGCAACAAUAGGAUAUUCUUAUGCCUCGACCUACAUAUACUACAAUGCAGACGGAUCUGCUGGAUAUUAUGUUUCUGAAUAUAUCGACAACGUUCUCCUGAUACUAAAGAAAAUGGGGCUAGUUUAUAGUAAAAAUCUUGGACUAGUAAAAGCCAUGGAUCUUUCAAGUAACAACUUAACAGGGUACAUUCCAGUUGAACUAACAAAUCUUACUGGACUUAUCGGUUUGAAUCUGUCCGGAAAUUGGUUGACAGGAACCAUCCCUCAAGAAAUUAGCAAGUUGAAGCAACUGGAUUCUCUCGACUUAUCAAGGAAUCAACUUUCAGGUGGAAUCCCUUCUAGCCUGUCCCAUUUGACCCAUCUAGGUACCUUGGAUUUGUCUGAUAACAAUCUGUCAGGUAGAAUACCAACUGGUACACAACUGCAGGGCUUCAACAAAUCUGCAUUCGAAGAAAAUCCAGAUCUUUGUGGCGUCCCCCUUCCAAAGAAGUGUCCUGGAGAUGAGGAACCUGACAUACCAGAAGUUGCAAAUACUAAUAUUGAACAUUCAUGGUUUUGUUACCAGAGUGCAGGAAUUGGAUUCAUUCUGUCGUUUUCGGGAGUUUGUGGAUUGUUACUGCUGGAUGUAUGUUGGAAUCAUUCUUAUGCUCAGUACAUAGACGAAUUGGGAGCCAGAAUUCAUGUCAGAAUCACUGGUGGGUAA